AUGCUUGCGGAUUUUUUCUCAUUAGUAAUUUUUAUACGCAUUUCAUUGUGUGAAAAUUCCACCCUACACGUCGCAACUAUCUAUCUAUCUAUCUAUCUAUCUAUAGAUCUCAUUCUGUGUCUGUCUGUCUGUCUAUCUAUCUAUCUAUCUAUCUAUCUAUCUAUCUAUCUCAUUCUUUCCUUAUCUAUCUAUCUAUCUAUCUAUCUAUCUAUCUAUCUAUCUAUCUAUCUAUCUAUCUCAUUCUGUAUCUAUCUAUCAAUCUCAUUCUUUUCUCUAUCUAUCUAUCUAUCUAUCUAUCUAUCUAUCUAUCUAUCUAUCUAUCUCAUUCUUUUCUCUAUCUAUCUAUCUAUCUAUCUAUCUAUCUAUAAAUCUCAUUCUGUUAUCUAUCUAUCUAUCUAUCUAUCUAUCUAUCUAUCUAUCUAUCUAUCUAUCUCAUUAUUUCCUUAUCUAUCUAUCUAUCUAUCUAUCUAUCUAUCUAUCUAUCUAUCUAUCUUAUGCUGUUCAUAUCUAUCUAUUUCAUUCCGAAUGGCGGAAGAGGUGAGGGCAGAUGUAAAAAAAAGGCCUUCACCUCAUACUCAUGGUCUUUCUUUGGCCGACAAUGAAACAAGUUGUUAUUAUUGUUUCUGUCUCUUAUUACUGUGGUUACCUGACCCUAGCGGAGAGGGUCGUAAAGGAAGGGCGUUUUUCUUUUGCAACCCGGUCAUUUACCAACUAUUUCCACGCUGGUCAUUUCAGUCGAAUUCAUUUUCGACGGAUAAAAACAUGACUAAAUGGAAUGAAGAUGACACAUUACUAGAAUUUAUGCGGACAGAUUACUUAAGCUUUAUAUUUACGGAGAGUGACCACAUUAAAAUAUCCGAAACGCAAAUGAUAAGAAUCCUGAAACGUCUCUUAUUUAGCUGGAUAUCUCUUCAAACGCAGAUAAUUUUCAGCCUGUGCAUACAUGUGGCUUGUUUUUUCCUUAUCGAAAGCAGGACUUGUCAGUAA